AAAAUACCGCGAUGGAAGUGCGACGAUAACAUAACCUAUACAAAGCGCGUGGAGAAUCUUUUAAUGAAGCAUCUAAUUAAAUAAAAAAUGAAGCGAUUCAAAGCAGUUAUCGAAGAUGUCAUUGUGCAACCUAACAAAAUCCAACCAAUUAUUGUAAAUUUUCAGAAUGGUAAGCUUAAAGAUGAAGAGGACAAAGAGAUAUCAUGUGGCUUAUUUCAUGAUCAAAGGAAAGAUAAAACUGUUUUGGCCUUAUCAAAUGGACAGAUUGUAUAUAAAGGUUACAGACCAGAUGUUGAAAAGGAAUCGACACGAACGAUGUUAGUACUCCAUAAUAAGAAAACAGGCAAAGUACGUUUAUUUGAAGCAGAACGAUGGCAGGUAACCCCAGUACUUGAAAAGCCUGAUUUUGAAGAUAACAAGGACAAUAUAGAUGAAAAGAUUGUUACAUUGAAUAAACAAUUUGGAUCGAAGAAAGUCAAACGUAGAACUGAGCAGUUCGAAAAAAUAAAAAUGGAUGUUAAUUCUAUCAAAGAACAACUUGAAAACACAGUGUCAAAUAUUGAAAUUGACAGGCUAGAUUUAUCAGUUCCAACUGAUGACUGUAUCUCAAAUACACUAUUACCAACAUGUAACAGGGAUGCGACUAAUGUCAAAGAUGUAUACAAUAUAGACGACAUUAUCCCAAAAAGUAAACUAGAAAUGUUAUAUGAGUAUGCAAUGGAAGUUCUUAAUGGAGAUUUUAAUGAAGAAGGGAAAAGUACAUUUUUUAAGAAUACUUUGAAAUUUAUUCAAUCGGAUCCAGAUAAUGUAAAUAAGGUUGCUCUCUUACUCUAUAUUGAAAUGAUCAAUGCAUGGUGCGACUUAUUAUUAAAGGAUGUGAAGAAACGCGAUGUUGUCGUAUGUCCAAUUUCUGAAGAAGUGAAUCAACACAUCAUUGACACAUAUAGCGUGCCCAGCACGAAUGGACGAACGAGACCAAAUAUUAUGAAAGAUAAAGGCCUUAUACACUGCUUGAUCCUUGCACUGAUGAUAUGGAACUUUGAAUUGGAUCUUGAACAGUUUCGAGUUAUAAUGAAAAGGAAAACCGGUCUCAAGAAACUGCUGAAUUUUGUGAAAGUUAUUGGAGCAGUGUCUUCUAAAAAGGAUAAAAAUAUCAUUAUGCUUAAAGUUCCAUUACCUUCUCCAGUAUCUUUUAUUAAGAGAGGAAAAAACUCAAGAAAAUCCAAUCAAUAAUUUUGUUAUACAAAAUUUAUUUCAACAUAAUUGACGAUACAAUUUUAUUUGUUUAACGUCUCAAUAUUUAUGAUGUUGAUGAACAUUUUGCACAGACAUUAUGUUAAUGUUUGAUGAACUAUGUAAAUACAUGAAAUAUAUA